UAAAAUACAAAGAAGAAGAAGACGAAGAAGUGUUGCCCACAUGCAUGGUAGUGCGUUCACACACAGCGCUUGAGGAGUGAGAAGAAGUGCGACUUUUGCGUCGAGGCGGUCGUUAAGCAGCUAUCAUGAAACCAGGAUUCAGUCCUCGUGGGGACAGAGGAGGAAGAGGAGGGGGUGGAGGGUUUCGUGGGGGGAGAGGAGGAGGAGGAGGAAGAGGAGGCUUUGGUGACCGGGGAGGAAGAGGAGGAUUCAGAGGAGGAAGAGGCGGAGGGUUCAAGUCCCCUGAAGGUGGAUUCAGAGGGCGAGGGGGAGGCAGGGGCACCCCAAGGGGCAGAGGAGGCCGGGGGGGCAGAGGAGGCUUUGGAGGAGGGAAGAAGGUGUUAGUGGAGCCACACAGACAUGAAGGGGUGUUUAUCUGCAGAGGGAAGGAGGAUGCCUUGGUGACAAAAAACAUGGUGGUGGGAGAGUCUGUUUAUGGAGAGAAGAGGAUCAGUGUAGAGGAAGGAGAGAUGAAGACUGAAUACCGGGCCUGGAAUCCCUUUCGGUCUAAGCUGGCAGCGGCCAUUUUAGGGGGUGUAGACCAGAUCCAUAUUAAACCGGGGGUGAAGGUCAUGUACCUUGGAGCCGCCUCUGGGACCACAGUCUCACAUGUUUCUGACAUUGUUGGACCGGAAGGGCUGGUCUAUGCUGUAGAGUUUUCCCAUCGAUCAGGUCGUGACCUUCUCAAUGUGGCAAAAAAACGAACCAACAUCAUUCCCAUCAUUGAAGAUGCCCGUCACCCACACAAAUACCGCAUGUUGGUUGGCAUGGUGGAUGUCAUCUUUGCUGAUGUUGCCCAGCCAGACCAGACAAGAAUUGUUGCUUUGAAUGCUCACAACUUCCUGAAGAACGGGGGACACUUUGUCAUCUCUAUCAAGGCCAACUGUAUAGACUCCACAGCAGCUCCAGAAGCAGUGUUUGCCUCAGAAGUGAAGAAGAUGAGUGCUGAAAACAUGAAACCACAGGAACAGCUCACACUGGAGCCCUAUGAGAGAGACCAUGCUGUAGUGGUGGGCGUCUACAGAUGUCUCUGCACGGCCCUGCCACAGACCACCUCCUAAAAACAAGAAAUGAAACCUGAAAGAAAGCUCAGGACAGCUUGAGAUCAUCACCACACCCUGGCAUUGUCUGCUGCUCCACUCUCCACCUUGACCUGUCUAUAGACUGUUGCAGGCAGGGAAAACACCACCAGCUAAAUGUGGACAUAAUUUGGUCAUAGUUUUUCUAUUUUCUGAGCUCUUGGGACAGUUAACUCACUGCUUGGCUGUUUUUCACUAUUGCUGAUAAAAGCUGGGGUCACACUACACGGUGAGGAUGACUAUAACCACAAUGUGGCAUCCUGAUUGGGUUGAUUGGAUUAUGAUGAGUGACUCUCUAAUUCAGCUGGUUAAGUGUGUCUUCAUGUAGGGUUCUGAAAAGUAUCAUUUUUGUGAAAAGAAAAACAAAAACAGCGGUUAAGUGAGAUGUCCUGUCUUUUCAGUGUUUAGUCAUGCAGUGUGUCUGAAUGUUGCUGUCGUGGCAGGAAAGCGGUGGUACAACAAGGAAUCAGAUGGAUGAGACGCAGGUAUCAGAUGGGGGUAUUUUCUUUAUUGACAAACGUAGAUCAGAGACAAUUCUUCGGAAAAGCCCACGUCCCCGAACGGGACGCCUCCUUUUAUACAGUAGUUGUUUUGACCAAUAUCAUGUCACAUUUUUCAUCCAUG